AUGGGCUAUAGUUUAUUACUAGCAGAGCAAAAUCGCGAUGUGGGUCGUAAAUUGGGAAUAGCAACGGGGCUGAUGUUUACGCUUCCCUUUGUGACGUAUUAUGCGUGUUACUAUUACGUCUUUUCCAACAUGGUGGAUCCUUCCAAUUGGUCUGGUGGAGCGGCCGUCUUGGUCACCAAUAUCAUUAUUAUGGCGUAUGUAGUCGUGGCGUUUAGUGAACCGGACGACGACGAUGAUGUUCCCAAACGAGGAAAUGCCGUACACGACAAUGAUGCACGACAUCCUCGUACGGGAAUCUUCAAACGACGAGUGGAUUGA